AGGCGCCUGCUCGCACAAGUUUAAAGUAAACACGUGAUGUCAUGUGUAUUCCUAGAAAUGUUUUUUCCAAACUGGCAUAAAAGGAAGCAGAGACGAGCCUCGAUAGUUAAUUGAUAUCUAUAACAGAGCUGAGGGGAACAAAGUCCUAACGCUAACAACAUGCUCAAGGUAGUGGGACUCUUCGUCUUAAUGGCCAGUGCUUUGUCGAAGGAAUUAGACGGGAAACCAUCUGGAGGAGGAACAGUUCAACAACGGCUCUUUAAACCCGAACAUGACGAAGAAAGUAGAUUUUCCGUCAUCAAAGAUGAAGAAGUAAACGCAAAUGAAACGAAAAACGAAUCUAGUCAAGGUGGUAACACAUCAAAGAUUCGUGCACGUCGCAGGUCAUACCGGCCUUGUGGUCAACGAAGGUACAACGCAAAUUUUGAUAUGUGCUGUGAUGGUAAAAUCGUCUCCAGAUCGGGUUUACGGCCAGCCUGCUGCAGAACGCAAGGGUACGACGCAAAGUUUGAUAUGUGCUGUGGUGGUAACAUCGUCUCCAGACGGGGUUUACAGCCAGCGUGCUGCGGAACGCAAGAGUACGACGCAAAGUUUGAUAUGUGCUGUGGUGGUAACAUCGUCUCCAGACGGGGUUUACGGCCAGCCUGCUGCGGAACGCAAGGGUACGACGCAAAGUUUGAUAUGUGCUGUGGUGGUAAAAUCGUCUCCAGAUCGGGUUUACGGCCAGCCUGCUGCAGAACGCAAGGGUACGACGCAAAGUUUGAUAUGUGCUGCGGUGGCAAUAUAGUCUCCAGAUCGGGUUUUCGACCGGCCUGCUGCGGAACUCGUGGGUAUGACGCAAGUUUCAAUAGCUGUUGCUCUGGUCGAGUUUGUUGACAAUUUUUUCGACGAGUUUUACAUUGUUUGAAGGUGACUGUAAAUUCUUUUGUUGUUGAUCGUGAAUAGAAAAUAAAUGCAUUUUCGUUUGUCAGAGA